CAGCCCAGCUUAUGCCUCCCGUCCUUCCUGUAUCAGGCGGGCUUGGCUGAAGACCAGCCCGGGCUCCUCUGCUCGGGACCUGAGCCGGCUGCAGGGCAGGAGGCGGGAUCUGGGCCGCUGCUGCUGCUGCCUUUUGCAAGCGGGGCUUUGACGUCUCCCGCCGAGGAGAGCUGCAUGUGGGGGCGCCCGACGCGGGGCAGAGAAUGGCGGUCCUCAAACUCGCCGACCAGCCUCCGCUUGUCCAAGCGAUUUUCAACGGGGAUCCGGAUGAGAUCCGUAUGUUAAUCUACAAAACAGAAGAUGUUAACGCUCUGGACACGGAGAAGCGGACCCCUCUCCAUGUCGCUGCUUUCCUCGGGGAUGCAGAGAUUAUUGAGCUUCUUAUUUUGUCAGGAGCCCGUGUCAACGCCAAGGACAACAUGUGGCUGACCCCUCUCCACCGAGCCGUUGCUUCAAGGAGCGAGGAGGCCGUGCAAGUAUUGAUCAAGCAUUCCGCCGAUGUCAAUGCCAGGGACAAGAACUGGCAGACGCCCCUGCACGUCGCAGCUGCGAAUAAAGCCGUGAAGUGCGCCGAAGUGAUCAUCCCGCUUCUCAGCAGCGUCAACGUCUCCGACAGAGGGGGCCGGACAGCAUUGCAUCACGCAGCCCUGAAUGGCCAUGUUGAAAUGGUGAAUUUGCUUUUGGCUAAAGGGGCCAACAUUAAUGCCUUUGACAAAAAAGAUCGAAGAGCUUUGCACUGGGCAGCUUACAUGGGCCACUUGGAAGUUGUUGCGUUGUUGAUUAGCCAUGGCGCUGAGGUGACCUCUAAGGAUAAGAAGGGCUACACACCACUUCAUGCCGCUGCAUCCAAUGGUCAGAUCAGUGUAGUAAAACACCUCCUCAAUCUCGGGGUGGAGAUUGAUGAAAUGAACAUCUAUGGAAAUACGGCGCUUCAUAUUGCUUGCUAUAACGGGCAAGAUUCCGUGGCCAAUGAACUGAUCGACUACGGUGCUAACGUCAACCAGUCGAACAACAGCGGAUUUACUCCUCUGCAUUUUGCGGCAGCUUCUACUCAUGGAGCGCUUUGUCUAGAACUGCUGGUGAAUAAUGGGGCAGAUGUUAACAUUCAGAGUACAGAUGGGAAGAGUCCACUGCAUAUGACGGCGGUGCAUGGGAGAUUCACGCGGUCCCAAACCCUCAUUCAGAAUGGAGGUGAAAUAGACUGUAUCGAUAAGGAUGGCAACACUCCUCUCCAUGUGGCGGCAAGAUACGGACACGAGCUUUUGAUUAACACCCUAAUAACCAGUGGAGCUGAGAGUGCCAAAUGCGGCAUUCACAGCAUGUUCCCCUUGCAUCUGGCAGCACUUAAUGCUCACGCUGACUGCUGCCGGAAGUUGCUCUCAUCAGGACAAAAGUAUAGCGUAGUGUCCUUGUUUAGUAAUGAGCACGUGCUGUCUGCAGGCUUUGAAAUAGACACCCCAGAUAAAUUUGGAAGAACGUGCCUCCAUGCCGCUGCUGCAGGAGGUAAUGUUGAUUGCGUGAAACUCUUGCAGAGCAGUGGAGCAGAUUGUAAUAAAAAAGACAAAUAUGGACGGACACCUUUGCACUAUGCAGCUGCAAAUUGCCAUUUCCAAUGUAUGGAGGUGCUAGUGACCACGGGGGCCAAUAUUAACGAAACAGAUGACUGGGGCCGGACAGCUUUACACUAUGCGGCUGCUUCAGACAUGGACAGAAAAAGAAAGAACGUUUUGGGUAACUCCCAUGAGAACGCAGAAGAACUCGAAAGAGCCAAUGAAAUGAAGGAAAAAGAAGCGGCGCUGUGUCUAGAAUUCCUUCUUCAACAUGAGGCCAACCCAUCAAUUCAGGACAAAGAUGGAUAUAAUACAGUGCACUAUGCUGCAGCCUAUGGACACAGGCAGUGUUUAGAAUUGCUUCUAGAGAAAACCAGCAAUGUUUUGGAGGAAUCGGAUUCAACCGCUACAAAAAGCCCUUUGCACUUAGCUGCCUAUAAUGGUCACCAUCAAGCCUUGGAGGUGCUUCUCCAGUCUCUGGUAGAUCUGGAUAUUAAGGAUGAAAAUGGCCGUACUGCUCUGGAUCUAGCCGCGUUUAAAGGGCAUGCUGGAUGUGUUGAGGCUCUUGUGAACCAGGGUGCGUCCAUCUUAGUAAAAGAUAACGUCACCCAACGAACUCCUCUUCAUGCCUCGGUCAUCAACGGACACACACCAUGUUUACGGAUUUUAUUAGAAGUUACAGAUAAUCCUGAUGUGACAGAUGCCAAAGGACAGACCCCACUGAUGCUAGCUGUGGCUUACGGGCACAUAGAUGCUGUUUCCUUGUUACUUGAAAAAGAAGCAUCCGUGGACGUGGCUGAUAUCCUGGGAUGCACUGCUCUACAUCGAGGGAUUAUGACGGGGCACGAGGAAUGUGUUCAAAUGCUGUUGGAACAAGAUGUACUGAUUUUGUGUAAAGAUGCCAGAGGCAGGACACCCCUACAUUACGCAGCAGCUCGCGGUCAUGCCACGUGGUUGAGCGAAUUAAUACAGUUGGCGCUUUCAGAAGAAGACUAUAAUUUUAAAGAUAACCAGAAUUAUACCCCGUUGCACUGGGCUUCUUAUAAUGGCAACGAAAGCUGCAUAGAGGUACUGCUGGAACAGAAACCUUUCCGAAACUCUAAUGGGAACCCUUUCUCUCCAUUGCACUGUGCUGUAAUCAAUGAUCAUGAAAAUUGUGCAGCGCUACUCAUUGGGACCAUUGGUGCUGGCAUUGUCAAUUCUAAAGAUGACAAAGGAAGAACACCGCUUCAUGCAGCAGCCUUUUCCGAUCGUGUGGAAUGCUUGCAGCUACUCUUAAGCCACAGCGCACAAGUAAACGUUGCGGAUAAUUCAGGGAGAACACCACUUAUGAUGGCAGCUGAAAAUGGGCACGUAGGUGCUGUAGAUUUUUUGGUGAACAGCGCCAAGGCUGAUCUAACUUUGAAGGAUAAGGACUUGAAUACAGCCUUGCACUUGGCUAGCAGUAAAGGUCAUGAAAAAUGUGCCUUGUUGAUACUUGACAAGAUACAAGAACAGAGCCUUAUUAAUGCAAAAAAUAAUGCAUUACAAACGCCUCUUCAUAUUGCUGCGCAGAAUGGCUUGAAGAUGGUGGUGGAGGAGUUACUGGCAAAAGGGGCAUGUGUGCGAGCUAUAGACAAAAAUGGUCAUACACCAGCCCUGGCUUGCGCUCCUAACAAAGAUGUGGCUGACUGCCUGGCACUCAUUUUGGCUACCAUGAUGCCUUUUUCUCCUUCCAGUACAGUGACGGCUCUCAACUCCACUUGUUUUAAAAAAGACAAUUUGAGCAGGACUCAACUCUGCAAUAGCUCCAAUAUGAGCAGCGCCAUUAACUCCUAUAGUAAACCAUUAAGAAACGAUGUAGGAGCAGAAAAUGGAUACAAUGAAAAUGAUUCUGAUUCUGAAACAUUUUGACUUUUAGCAUUCAACAUCUUUCUUGGUUGUGUUGGGAUUUAAGUUGGUAUUUUAUUCUUUAAAAGUCCCGAAUCCCAGAAUUACGGUUGACCUUCACUUAUGGCUGGAAUGACAACAAAACGAAAAGCUUAAAGUUGCAGUUAAAUACAGCUUUUCAGAAAAAUAGAGGUUUUUCAUUGGAAUGCAUUUAUUCUUUAUUUACGGUCAUUUGACCAAUCAUAUAUCACCGUUACACCAAAAACGAAAAUUCAAGUAAUACAAUAGAACAAAUAAAACAAUUUGAAAUUAAGAUCUAGUUACAGUACAAUGUAAUUUCAGAGACCUGAAUUAUCACCAAACAGUAUCUGGCUACUUGAAUGCAUUCUUGUUGAUGUUCUGCUCCUUCCGCUAUGUCAUCUUUUCCGUAGGCCCCUAAGUGGUCCUGUGGAAGUUUCUACCUCCUAUUUUAUGCAGAAAGAGAAAGCUGCCUUUUUCUUUUUUGACAGCACAAGUAAACAGGGAACUGUUGUGUAUAUACAUAUACAUAUAUACAUAUAUAUAUUCAUGUGAUAGCUAUAGUAUACUGUUAAAAUGAAGACAUAUUUCUGGUAUGUUGUACGUAGUUCAUAGGAACUCAGAUUUGUCUUCACUUUUCUUGUCGAUUUUAUAGCACUCUAGUCUCAUGUUUUAGAUAACUUUGUUAUCAUACAAACCAAAGGUAGAACCACAUUUUUUAAAAAAACUGCCAGUAUCACCACUUCCUAUGGAAAUUAAAACAUCUUCAUUCUCCAUGUGUUAAGCACUUAAACACACAAAAGGCACUUUUAAAAGACAAUAUUCGCAUCUUCAUUUUACAGUUUACAAGUAUUUAGGACCAAAUCCUGUUUGCUCAGUCACCACACAUCCACUCACUUCAAAGAGUUUAUUGGCCAAGGCAGGCGUGGUUUGCCUUAUGUUUUCAUCUUUGGUACAAGUUUGCAUCGUUUAUUUGCACUCCACAGUUAAGGGUCCCUGAGCUGUCAGCCAUUGAACUAUUUUAAGGGGAAAAAAGGCUAGAAAUUGAUAUGCACAUACACGUUUGAGAUUUGCCAAUUCAAACUAGCUUUUAACUCUAGAAUUUCUAAGCUGAAGUAUGUUUUUUAUCUUGAACAUUACCCUGUUUUAAACAUCUACAAAAUCUAAAUGAAAUUAGUAUUCUCUGUAAUUACUAUCAUUGUUCUAAGGUGUACACAGCAGAUGAAACCAAAACAUGCAAAGUGGAAAAGCCAAGCAAUCGCGAGGAAGUGUAUAAAGGGGAUUGUGAUGUACUUAAAAAGGCCUGCUCGCAUCUGCUUGCUUAUUAAACAUCCGCAUUAUGAAUAUAUCUACUCCUUCUGCCAAAGCUUCUAGGUCAAAUGGACCCUGUUCCUCGCCCGAGAAAGAUGUACAGAAAGAAGAGUAAGACUUUAAAAUACAAAGAACUAACCAGCUACUAUAUCAUGAGGACCAAAAGGCUUCAGUAUCUUAUACGGGAAGACUUUCAUUAUUUUUUUAACAAUGCAAGUGGGGAAAAAAUUAACUUUUCUAAACACACACACACAAAGUGUUUUACGUAAUGAAGAGUCUUGGCUGUAUUGUACACUUUAAGACACAAGUUUCUAGUAGACUUUUUGACAUUUGUAACCGAUGAUGAUGUGUUGAUCACAGUUUAUUUUUCCAAACUAGAAAAUGUUCCUAUACUUUUAAUGUUAAAUGUGUUUAUAUUUAUUUAAAAUGAAACAAGUGCCCAGAAAAAGAUGACAAUGGUUUGUUUUUCUCCUUCUUAGUUUUCAUUGUGUAUGUCUGUCUUCUUAUCUCUGAAUCUAGACAAGCCUAAUAGUCUGAGCUGAACGAACGAAAUGGGCACUCGAUGUAGCCACCAUUUCCAGUUCUUACACAGAAAGCUGGGUGGUAAUGUGAAAGUAAAACUUUGUGCAUGGCUAUCUGUGACAGGGAACUGUGUUUGUUUUGUGAUUCAAUGGCACUCUCCUGGGGACAGCAUCAGAAAUUUGUGAUGGAUUUAUCCCUUUGGUAAAGAAAUGAUGUUCCACACUUUAUAAUGCAAAACUAAGAGAGGACUGUGAAGCCAGGAGAGAAGUCCCCACCAGCCCUGUAAGAAGUAGUUUAGAUACAAAUGCCAGUUAGAUUUGGGGCGGGGGGGGAUUCAGAUUGAGAUUGCAUUUUGGCAGUGCUCUUCCAUCUCACAUAAAUUGCCCUCCGAGCCAAUAUCAUAGGUGCAGUUUCCCAUGUUCCAUUUUAUAGUUGGGUACAGAACUCAAGUACAAAAUACAUGGGACCUGUGUUAAUUAUUAAUGGUACAUGUGUUUAAAUGGCCACCAUUCCCUUGUAAAGAUGCAUACACAAGAAUGAUCUUCUCCCCAUUCAUCCUUAGUUUUUUAAAGAAAAAAAGCAAUACUUACGGAUACGUGUAUAACCUGCACAAUCGACGCAAGGAAAAUAAUUAUUUUGAACAAUGAGUGGGAAGUGUGUAGUGUGAGUUUUCCCAGGUUAGGGAUCUAGUCCAAACCAAGCGCCUGGACUCUAGGCCGUGAAAGCUUAUGCUUCAAUAAAACCAGUCCUGUGUUUGUCAGCUUUUCCAACCAUGGGGUCCACUUUCAAUGACCAGGCAGCAGCAGCAUGGAUCCCACAAGCCGCCAGCAAUUUACAGCAAGUCAAGUGACCUCAGAGUCUCAUAACAGGAAGAGGAAGAUCCAGGGUUGUGACCUCACCACUGAGGAGGAAGAUUCUGUGCUGUAAGCAUGCAUAGAACAUUGGAUGGCCAACUAGCAAGUGGUCUAAGAAGAAUUCUCUCCAAUUCUGAGUGAACUUGUCUUGCCGUCAUGCAUGUAAGGAAGGAAGCAUGACACUUCACACAUGCACUGGAACAGCAAGUCCUUUCAAAGGAAGCAAAAAAAAAAAGGCUCUAUACGAGCAUGCAACCCAGCAGGUGAGGCUCCAUGAAGUUCUCAACAUAUGGUCUGUCUUUAAGACACCACAAAACAUCUUGUUUUCAGAAGGAUCCUGCGAAAACAGGCACGGGCUGCAGGACCUUGCAGUUCACUCACUGCUAAGUUGUGAUAAAUCCAUGAUGGCAAGAUGCAAUCGCAAGCUCAUCAAGUAACUUAAGAGGUUUUAUGGAGCAGAGCAGCCCUGAAGUAGGGAUGGUUCUGGAAACUGUAAAACAGCAAAAGGUAGUUGCAGCGUAAAUGUAUUCUUUGAUGGAAUCUGGUGGCAAUUUCCAUCUAGGCUGGUGGUGCAAACUGAAGGGAGGGACGGAAAGCUACGACAUCAAAUUCUGCAGCAGGCCUGGCAAAGAAACACGCCUCAUUCUAGGAGGUGUACGGAUCAGCUAUUGACAAUAUUUUAUAGGUCAAAUGCAUGUGACAGAUUCCCAUUUUCAUAUGAAAAAAAUGCAAUCAUAGAUGUUUAACUCUUGUGAGAAUAUCUAAAACACUUAAGAGUAGUUAAUAGUAUAUACUAUGCAUUAACAGUAGGGCCCCCCCAAGAAGGACGUGCAUGACAGAGGAAGAAAACUGAAUGGCCAUCUAAUUCACAACCGUGGUAAUUCUAUCUACUGUGUUUUGCCCGGCUGUUGCGGAUCAAAUGGGUGGGGCAUUUCCAAAGCUUGAAACUGAAAUGAAAACCUCUUGGGCUACUGAUUUUAAAGAUUAAAAUUUCUUUUUGUGUGUUGGCUACACUGGGAAAACUGAGCACCAGUUUUCCUUCUUCUGUGUACUGUACUUGUUUUUUUAAUAACUGAAGCAUACAUGCUAGAAAAUUGCUGGACAGCAAUAACUAAUACUCGGGGCACUUGAAAUGGGGGAGAACCAAUGUGUCUAUGUAGAACUGAAUAGAAACCCCUCACUUAUUUCUAUGUUGAAAGUUCAAAAAAAGCAGGGAAUGUUUUCUUCACAGCAGAUUAUUUACUCUUAUCUCUAGUUUAGAGUAGAGAUCACAUUUACUGUUGUUGUUAUUUACUGACUGUAAUCUUACUGUGCUGGGUUUUUUAACACGGAUGUCUCAUAUCCCCAUAUUCUUCAGUGUAUUGGCUGGAAAAACUAAAUAGGUGUUUGUUUUUAUGCAUACUUACUUGGACAGGGACUUUACUUCCAAGAACACAUGCUUAGGAUUGGGCAUGCCUUUCUUCCCUUAGAAAAAGUAAAUAAUGCUGCAAAGGAGGCCCUCCCAAUAUAGUGUCUCACUCAAAUACAGUGCAAUCCACAGCCAUUAAACAAGAUACUUGCAAUCAAUGUCAGUGUGAUGUGCACUCGAACAGUGAAAUCCUAGGCAGAGUUACUCAAAACUAAGCUCAUUGAUUUGAUUUCAAGCCCAUUGGCUUAGACUUGAGUAACUCUGCUUAGUAUUUCACUGUAAAUGUUCUCUUACCCAAAUGGCAAUGCUGUUUUGUAGCAGACAAGGUACUGUUUCUAAAUUAUAGUAAAUACCAGGUUUGGUUGGUCUUUUUGGUAUUUUUUUCCCUUUAUUGGAGGCUAAGCACUCUUGUUAAUCAAAAGCAAGUUGGACUUGCUUUCAAACAACUGUCUCUAAGACUGAGAAGUGUGGCCCUGAUAGUGAGUUGUGCUGCAUGUGUUCCCUUUUACAUUGUCAUUCCUGCCUUGGCAACUGGUAUUUAAUUCUUGUGACACUUCAAUCGCAGGGUCAUAAUGCAUGGCACUUACUGCUUGUUGGUUUCUCAGGGGAUUUCUGUUUAUCACUACUAAAAGGGCACCACGAUACAUUUGGUACUUCUGGCAGCAAACAUCUGCUGUACUGAACUAUGAAUUAUAACCAACACGUAAAAAUUCAUUUUGUUUCUGGUCUGUUCUUGUUUAGCAACUUGAUAACAUAUCUGGGUUUCAUUGUGUAAGGAAACUUUUAGAGUGCCUUUUCUAUUUGUGUAUGCUGGGUUUGUAUUGUGAGUAUGUCUUUCAUUGAGUGAUAACUGAAGCAAUAUAAUACCUAUACAUUUUCAUUUCAAACCUUUAUUUGAAAGUGUUUUUUUAAAAAAAACAUUCUACUUGUGUUAAUAUAAAAAUUAAUAUGCUAAACUUGUAUAGGAAUUGUGCAUAACUUUUUGCAGUGCUAUACUUUCUUAUUACACAAAGCAAACUUUAGGUCAUUGUUAUUGGGAAGGGUGUUUUAAAAUGGUGACAAUCUUGAGUGUGUAUAAAAUACAAUUAUGUGGGUUUGUUAUGCAGUGAUAUACAUAUUAAAAAGCCAAUAUCUAAUGUUUUUGUAGUUUUGUCUUCAUAUUUUAUGCUUUUAGCAUGUGCAAUAUUAUCUUUACAAACCAUGGUGAUAUGACUCUGGUGCCAGUGUUACAUUUUGUAUGAAAUGUUUGUAAUAAACAAUAUGAAAUAUUGUUGAAUGGUUUCAGUGGGUUUUUAAAUGUAAACUGAAGUUUUAAUGACCUAACGUUGAAGUUAAAUGACAUGGUUGAAGAAAAUGAGAAUGAGAGAUUAAUUUGGACCCCAACCUGAAUUUGUUCAAGCACAAAUAUCUUUUUCAACUACUGAAUGCUGUGUUAAUUGUAACAGAGUAUCCAAACUGCAGAUGAAUAAUGAAAUGCAUUCAGAUGGAUAUUUUUACAAAUAAAUGGUACAAGUAUU